AGCGCACAUCUGCAGGCAGUGCGAGUCGAUCUUUCGAGCGCGCAACAUCUUUCGAUCGGCACACAAAGGGGUUGCCACCAUACUACAAUCGUUAGUGAAGAAGUGACUACGGCGACGACACAAGAACAGUGCUAACAUGAGGUCUACCCUUGCGAUCGGUUUGCUGAUCCUCGUGAUCGUACAGUGCACCCUGGCAAGUCCAGUUCCGCAAUUUCUCACCUUCCGCGAUGGGAAGUUUGGCGUAAACUUUGGCGGCUACCACGCCGAGGCCGGUUUGGGUGGGCUGCUCACGGGCAACAGUGCUCACGGAGGGCUGUCUGCGUCGGCCGGCACGCCCCACGGACAGCAGGCCGGUGCCGGAAUAGGCGGCCUGCUCGGCGGCAAUGAACGUACGGCGGGAGGCGCGUAUGCUGGAGCGACUGCUGGACAUGGCGUUGGAGCCAGUGCUGCCCUCGGCGGUGGACUCGACGAUAGGGGUGCGGCUGGUGGCGUUGGAGCCGAAUCACAUGCCGGCGGAGUAAGCAAGAAGGUCAUCCGACUGGGCCAAACAAACCAAGGAGCAGCACCAUCGGAGGUCGUCAUUACGAAGGAAACGGGCCUCCAGCACGGUGGAAACUUUGAGCGUAUCGAUGAUCAACACGUGAAGCAGGUACAUACGGAGCUGCGAGCGCCAGCGCCUCAGCCAGCCCCAGCCCACACCUACCACAAGACGGUCUACAAGAAAAAGGUGAUCAGCCAUCCUCACAAGGUUGCCGUCGUUGAAACACACCAUACCAGACCCGAGCCACAGAUUGAUCUAGACCGAUUCUUUGACUUCCAAAAAUUCUCCAACUUUGGGGCGCAUUAUGCUCACCCGGCUCCACCACCACCGCCUCCGCCACCAACGUUCCAAAAGACGUUUGUGAAGCAGGUGUACUACGAUCAUGAGCAUGCACCUUCCUACCAGCAAGAGGUACGCACCCGAUUGGAUUCGUCGAAUGGACACAGUGGUUCGGGAGCAUCCACGAGCAGUCAUGUGGUCAGCAGCUCGACCGCUGCUCACAAUCCCAACUUCUGGAACGAUAUCUUCAACAUUCCAAUCUCCACCCUUACAGCGGUCAACCAGCUGCUGAACAACAAGUCCCAGGGCGGAACGGUACACGUGGAAAAGCGCGUGGAACAUCAUCAUUAAAUGAACUGCUCAGUGAAACCGGCAAACGUGCACAACUUGUGUCAAGUAAAAACGUUUGGUAUUUAAAUAUAUAUCUGGUGAGAAUGUAAUCACAUUUGAAAAUUUUUACAUGCAA